GUCAAUUUAUUGAUAAAAUAAAAAGAAAUGUCAUUAAAAAUUACACACAUGUUGUAAACAUUUUCAAGGAAAAUUAAAUAUUUGUCUUUAUCCCAAGUUUUAAUUUAGUUGUAGAUUUAUGUGAAAUAGUGUGAGCUGUGCAAAUUCGCUAUACACCAAGAUUGAUUUCAAAAUGGCGGCAAGCGUGUUUAUAGAUAGACGCCAUGCAAAUGUUCCCAAUACGGGCUAAAAAUAGAGAAGUUACUGUGCGUUCGCUUUCGAAAUACUUGCAGAAAUGUCUAAUACCGUGAUUACUAACUAUACGGACCUUAAUGGACCUUCAACGAAAACAGAUAGUUCGGUUGUUGUUAUUGUAAACAAAGAUGGAUCACUCUCUGUAGAUCAAAAACUUUUGGGGACUCUUAUGGGAAGCGAUGGAUCUCAAGCCGCUGGCAUCAGUGUGGUCCGUGUUGGUCACGAAGGAAGACCUGACGAUGCAACAGAUUCUGAAAGUGAUUUAGAUGAAAAAAUUCCACAUGUCACUUUAUCUGUAGAUAGCUACUAUGACGAACCAGACAGCAUAAUCAAAUAUGACAGUGGAGCUGAAAUGUUGCAGUCGCUUAGAAUUGAAACAAGAGAAAACAGUCUGUUGGGAUUUCAUAAUGAUCAUUGUUAUACCCCACUGACAUCACCGAGUCAAUCCUUGCCCCAGAGUCAGGAUGCUUUGAUGGGAUAUGAUGAGCCUGUUAUUGAAAUUAGUCAUUCCACACCACCGAAGCCAGUUUCUACACCUAAAAAAAUUACCAUAUUAGACCAGAAAAUCAUUCCCAAGGGUAAAAAGAUUUUGAUAAACCCGAAAGAUUCACCGGUGAUAAUAAAAGGCAAGGAUGUUCUUCACAAACCCUUACCUCUUUCAAAGGCGAAGUCGUUUGAUGAUAAUAAAAAUGAGGCACAAAAAUCUGAUGAACCCUCUGAUUCGUCAUCGGCUUGCUCCUCCGGAGAAAGCCCCGCCGAUAGAGAUUCAGAUUCUGACUAUAAGGAUUCCAAAGAUAAAUCCACAAGUCAUAAAGUUAAAGCAAAAGUAAAAUCAAAACCACGGAUUCUGAAAUCAGUUCAAUCAACUAAGAGCACAAAGUUGGAUCCAAAACUCACACCAAGACUCAAAGCCAAUAAAAAUUUGCUUAAGAGAGAGCUGAAAGAAAGGGUAUUGGCAAAGAAUUUGAUUGAUAAGAAAGGCGAACUCAAUCAAAUGGCUAAUGUUUCACUUGUUACUAAUCCAUCUAGUGCAACUAUUGAUACAGAAAAGCUGUUCUCUAAAAUUACUCCAAAGUCGGCAAAGAAAGAGAGAAAAACACCAGCACAUGUAAAUGCAUUAUUGUCGGACAUGUCUUCAUUAUUUUCGACACCUGAUGUCAUACGAAGAGUGUCUACAGAGACUAAGCUACCUGGUAAACCAGAAAAGGAGAUUGGUGCUAUUGACAAGGCACAAAAAGAGGACUCUUCCAAACUCAUAGAAAAUGUUGAUCAACAAAAGUCGGUGCCUUUGCAGAAACCCCAACUUAAACAAUUGAAACUUUCCAGUGUCACUGAGAAGGGUAAUAAAAAUUAUGAUCCUAUUCCUCAACUGGAUGAUGCGAGCUUAGCUCAGAUACUCCAGGAUCCCCCACAAACCGCCAGUAAAUCUCAGCCGACCAUCUCUACAGCAAAUGUUAUCAAUAGCCCUGGGUUAGCUGGACCUCUCUCACCAACCUUGGAUUUACUAGCUGGUCUACAACCAGAGGAGGAUGGUUUAACUGAAGAUCUACUCAUGCAUGUCGCUCAGCUGGUUGAGAGCUCUGAGAACUUACAGGAAGUUAUUGAUAAACAAGUUCUAGGGAAAGUGGAUGCUGUGACAAUGAAGCCUGAAGUAGCUCAACCACUUCCCCAAACUCCCACUCCUAAUGCUUACGCACAGACACCUGUCAAGUCUGUCAAGGUUAUGCAACCUAGAAAAGAUCCUAUUGAGAUUAUUCGGCGCGACGGUAGAGUCAUUACACUACCACCUAUUGAGGCUCCAGCGACGAGAGCAUCUAAACGCAAGAACCAAGUUGAAUCAGUGAUGCCCCCUGAGCCUGUUUCAACACCCAUUACAAAUCCACCAGUGUCACUCACUCCCGAGCCGAUUGUAACCCCGGUGUCCAGACAAUAUUCCAACAAGAAGCUGAUAACCAAAAAACAGGAGCAAGUGGUAGCUCCAAUGCCAGUUGCCAGUCAAAUUGAAGCUAUUGAAAAAACUUCAGCAGAAUCUCAAGAAAGUUGGAAUUCAGAGGAUGAUCCAAAUAGGCUCUGGUGUAUUUGUAAGCAGCCGCAUAAUAAUAGGUUCAUGAUAUGUUGUGAUGGAUGCGAGGACUGGUUCCACGGCAAGUGUGUCAACAUCACAAAGGCCAUUGGCCAACAGAUGGAAGAAGACGGCAUUGAGUGGAGGUGUCCCAAUUGUGUUAAGAAGGCUAAAUCACAAGCUGGUGCAGUUAAAAAUCCUGUGAAAAUGAUCACGGCUGAAAGGGAUACAAAUAAGGAAGACGGAGUAAGUACACCAUUAUCUGCUAAUACUAAAGAGGUAGCCCCAAAAACAAUAUGUAUUGUUUGCAAGAAAGCUGCUCGGGCUAGCAGCAUAUAUUGUAGUGACGCAUGUAUACUGAAACACGCGCAGGACUCGCUUGGGGCUCAAGCUGGUACCUCAAGAAGUGAAAACACCAGCAUCAAAACAACAGAAAAACAUUCUGAGUCCAGGGUAAUUGUGUACGAACGAAAAUCUGGACGAUUACUUGCCGGUCCGAAUGCACCUACAGCUGAAAAUCUAAAGGCUUGGCUCCAGAAAAAUCCAACUUUCGAGGUCGUUCGUCCUGGAACAUUGAGCACGAUAAAACCGAAUUUGGCGCGAAAGAAGUCUUCCGAACCUAAUAAAAUUCAAACCACAUUAAACUUUGCUAGAAUACCAAAGAAAGCAGAAAAUGUUCCAGUGAAGAAAACAGAAAAUGUUCCAGUGAAGAAAAUAGAAAAUGUUCCAGUGAAGAAAACAGAAAAUAUUCAAACGAGAAAACCUGAGCUAAUUCCAGUGAAGAAAGCAGACACUCUGGGAAGGAGAGAAAAUGUUCAAACAAAGAUUCAGCCCACUUUGUUAAAGAGUCCGAGGUCUCAACAGAUGUUAAAGAUGUCUCAGAUGACAUCUCCCACUGAGGAAGUGAAAUCGCCGCAGCCUAGAACGCCAGGAACACCGAGGUUACAACAAACGAACAUGUUUGAUACACCGAAAUCUUCCAAAGCGCCGCCUGAACCUAAGAAGAUCGUGAGGGCAACAAGUCGCACCCAGACUCCUGCUGAAAAGCCGGCAGUUACGCCGUCGACGUCGAAGCGGAAAGAUACGCCGGACAAGAGGCAGAACAGGAUGAGCUCGGAGGAGCCGAUACGAGAGAAUGUGAGGAAAGCCCUUCACGAGCAGAUGACCAUCCGCAUGGGAGAGACCACGGGACCCAAGUUCACAGACGAGGAGAUACAAGAGUUUGCAUACGAGACCGAGUCUGAACUUCACGAGCUCUUCAAUAGGGACGUCGGCAUGAAAUACAAAGCCAAGUACAGGUCUCUCAUGUUCAAUAUUAAGGAUCGCAAAAAUCUUUCGCUCUGGGAGAAGAUAUGUGAGCGCACUAUAACACCUAAACAGCUGGUCAGAUUGUCACCUGAAGAGUUAGCUAGCCAGGAAUUGGCACAAUGGAGAGACAAGGAAGCAAAACAUCAGCUAGAACUGAUAAAAAAAUCAGAAUUAGACUUGCUGGCGGCCAGCAAAACUUAUGUCUUGAAAACCCACAAAGGUGAAGAGGUAAUGGAAACAAAGGAGUCUGUGUCUACAGAAUUAGACCCAAACGUGGCUGUAGAGGAUUUGGUCUCCGUCUUGAACGACGGCGACGCACCGCCUGAAGAACCAGAGACGCCAAAGAUAGAGGUGCCCGAUAGAAGGAGCACCAGAAAGAAAGACAAGGAAAAUGAAUCCCAACUGUCAAAGAAAGACAAGAGAGACGAGGAGUCGAAGCGUGAUUUGGAUGACCGGAAGUCGCAGUCGUCUCGGCGGAAGUCAGAUCAGAAGGUCAAGGAACAUCGCUCGUCACGUCGGUCCGGUCGGUCCAGUAGAUCGGAGAGAAAGAGCCGGUCGCGGUCGAGAUCGAGAGAACGAUCGAGGAGAGACAAGUCGGGAUCGCGAGAUCGAAGACACAGGUCGCGAUCGAGGGACAGAUCAAAGAGGAAAUCCAAAGAACACUCGCGAUCGUCGUCUCGGAGUCGCGAGCAGACUCGCUCCAGCAAGCGGCGGUCGUCGCGUCGCUCGAGCUCCAGGGACAGUCUAAAACAGAAGAGGAGGCGGCGGUCGCGCUCCAAACACAGGUCCAGUACCGAGGACAAGACCAAACUACGCUCUAAGUCUCAGGAGACAGCAUAUAGGAAGAAGAAUGAUUCAACUGAUUCCGAUUCAAUAGAGAGACCGAAAUCUGCAAUGACGAAAGAGGCACAUCCAGAAUACGAUCCUCAUGAACCUAUGAUAACAUCCGCUUUUUCCGAAGAGGAUUUGCGGAAAUCCAAGGAUGAUGUUUAUGAGGAGAUUUACAAGAAUGACAUUGUUGAUUACGGAGGGGCAGAUUAUGACACAACAAAAGAUUUUUCGAUUGGCUCCAGUAUACUCGCUGAUAGAUAUAUUGAAAAACAAGAUAAAGAAGUAGAAAGUGAUCAAGAGCCCACUAGCACAAUGGAUAGCUCUGUGGCAACCGUUUGGAAUGGUUGUAUCAACAUGGUUGAUGUUGCAAGGUUUUAUGUAGCUGCACAUGAGGUAUCGGGUAAUGCAUUAGAUUUAGAAGAAGAUCUCACUCCAGAAUUAGAUAUAGUUGGCAGAAUAAACCCAGAUACAGUGUGGGACUAUAUAAGUAAAAUGAAGAGAGCCAGCAAUAAAGAUAUAAUAAUAUUGAAACUCCAAGCUGCAAAUGACGAAGAAAAGAUGCAGUAUAUUGCAUUGUAUAGUUAUUUGAGUACGCGCAAUAGGCUGGGCGUAGUGAAGGUGACUAAUACGGCGACAGUGAAGGACCUUUACAUAGUGCCGCUCUCUGCGGGCGCGACGUUACCGCGCGCGCUGCUGCCGCUGGACCGCGCGCCGCCGGACUCGCGCACGCACCUCCUGCUCGCCGUCAUAGUGCGACAGCGCCGCCGCCGACACCCCGCCCCCCCCGAGCCACACCCCGCCAAGGUAGUACGUGAGUCCCGUAAGAAGUCGUACACUCCGCCGCUAUCGCCGCGUCACCGCACGCUGCCUCUCCCGGCGUACACGUCGCCCGCGCUCUCUACUUCCGUCAAGGACAAAAUCGCCGCGACUUUAGCUUCAGCUGACGACGACGAGGCGUACAGCCCGGGGUCUUCCACCGGCAGCAGCGGUAACAGCGGCAACGCCGUCGCCGCGCCGCCGUCGUCCAACACUCUCAGAACCAAGAUGGAAGAGCUCAACCGCCAGAUAGAAGAGCAGAAACAGCAAAUUCUCAAAAUGGCUCAAGGAGACACAUCCGCUACAAAUGAGAACGAGGCGUAUUCUCCAUCUCGACCGCUGACGCCGCCGCCCGUGGUGCCCCUGGCAGACAUCUCUCUACCAUCAAACCUACAAGAAAUACUAGCAACAAUCAAACAGAGAACAGAAAAUGUUAACGCUGACGUCGAUAUGCGCACUUUGCCUUUAUAAUUACUAUAGGAUCAUAGAAUGUAGCUUAAAGUUAAGUUUCAAUAUUAAUAAUAAUUAGUAAUAUUGUUACAAGUAUAAAACCAAUACUAAAUGUAUUGUAUAUGAGCAGUAGGAUUGUAUAAAACAAAAUUGACAAAGACAUGAGAUAACUAAUUAGAAUAUUUAUGCAAAGCAUACUUGAAAUGGACUUAAUUAUGUGCAAUAAGCAAUGUCAUAUUAAUGUUUAAUUUCGAGUUUUAUAUAAGUACGUUGUGAAAAUUAUGGACGCAG